GCGCUCACUGGGGGCCCGGCUUUCGCCCGCUGCUGCCGCCGCCGCCGCCGGCCGCGGCUGCUCUCCCAAGAUGGCGGCUCCUCCGGGCGAGUACUUCAGCGUUGGGAGCCAGGUGUCGUGCCGGACGUGCCAGGAGCAGCGGCUGCAGGGGGAGGUGGUAGCCUUCGACUACCAGUCCAAAAUGCUGGCUUUAAAAUGUCCCUCUUCCAGUGGAAAGCCCAACCACGCAGACAUCUUGCUCAUAAACUUACAGUAUGUUUCAGAAGUGGAAAUAAUUAAUGACCGAACAGAAACCCCUCCUCCCCUAGCUUCACUCAAUGUUAGUAAGCUUGCCAGCAAAGCACGGACAGAGAAGGAGGAGAAGCUGAGCCAGGCCUAUGCAAUCAGCGCUGGUGUUUCCCUAGAGGGCCAGCAGCUCUUCCAGACCAUACACAAGACCAUUAAAGACUGUAAAUGGCAAGAAAAAAACAUCGUAGUCAUGGAAGAAGUUGUUAUUACACCCCCAUAUCAAGUGGAAAACUGUAAAGGCAAAGAGGGGAGUGCACUGAGCCAUGUACGCAAAAUAGUUGAAAAACAUUUUAGAGACGUGGAAAGCCAAAAGAUACUGCAACGUUCACAAGCCCAGCAACCACAGAAGGAGGCUGCCCUGUCAUCCUGAGUCCACACAUACAGAGGACUCUUCCAGCAUCCAGCCAAGGAGGCGAUGGCGGUGGCUUCAGCGGAGGCAGGCCGGGGGAGGGAAGGGAUUCUAUAUUUCCUGUUGGCUCUUGUUAACAAAGGGUCAGCAUUUCCAAAUCUUAGACUUGAACAAACAGAACACCCAACAAAAAAGAACAAGAGAAUAAUUUAAAAGUUGAAUCAUUACUUGACUAACAGACUUCGGUCCACCGUGUCCUUUUCACAGCCCCCUUCCGGAACAGUCACCUUGUUAAUUUUAUUUUUGAAAAUUCCUUUCCUGCUCUGCCCUUUCAGCUCUGACUUUCCUUUCCCAGUCUGUCUCUGCCAUUCUGUUUUUAUAAGUGGCUACACUUGCCUUCUGAGUGAUUGAAAGAAACUUUUACAUCUUCUCUUCCAAAAUAAAAGUAACAAGCUGACUGUGAUACUUAAGUUGAGACUAGAGCAGCAGACAGAGGUCUCACUUUAAAUUUUUCUUUUUUUUUUGUUUUUGUUUUUUUUUUCUUUUUUUUGUUUUUGUUUUUCUUUUUUUGCACAGGGCAUGGCUUGAAUUAGUUUUAUUUUUCUUAACUUUAAAUAUAUAUAUGAAAAUAUAUAUUAAAAUGUUCUCUAAAUAUUUUCUGCUUCUUGCAGGUCUCUUUUUACUAGACCAUGGCCACUCUUUGCACCUCAUCCCUCUGAAAAUAAAAAUGUACUGUCCUCCCCACCACCCAUAGCCAGGCAACUAACUUGACUUAGUUCACAGCAAGAGUCUCCUGCAGCACUUUGUAGAGCAGUGUAUGCAGAUGGGAUCUGGCUUUGAGGGUUCCUGGUGGCUUUUUAGUCUUUAACUGUAUGUGUACCAGUCUCACAUUUGGCAAAAACCUCAGGAUUCUCCCUCUGCCUUUGUCUUACUUCAUGGUACUAAAAGAACUUCCUCACCACUCUUCUGUCUCCUAGAUGGGAGCAGCAGCUGCCCUUUCUCCUGUGCCCUCUGCAGGAAGAACUGUUUUGCAUGGCACAUCUCAGCUCCUCCUCGAAGGAUGGUUUUCUUUAACAAGAAACCUGGAGUCCACCUAUCCCAACCUCUCUUUAAGUCUGUAUCCAGAGCCACUAGCCCAGGAGAAAGCUUGGGUGACCUGUCGUUUCUCUUCUGCCAACCUCCUGCUCUUACGCCCUUCCCCACCCCCCUUAAAUUUUACAACUUAUGACAGUUUGUAUAUGCUCAGCCGAUGGGCAGAAAACCUGGGAAGAAUUUCUGGACUUUAGCCCACCAGUUUGUCUGGUUUGACUAACCUGCUGAGAGCUGAACUGGCACCCAUUGCCUCUGUGCCUUCAAGGCGGUCCAGUGGGUAGCGUGUGCCACCAUCUGAAUAUAAUGUCAGGCACCAUGGCGUGGGAAGUGGGUGAUGCUCAUGUGACUGGCUGGAGCUUCGGGGGUGGGGUGGGGUUAACUACUAUUUUUUUGGCCAUGAUCUCUUUCCCCUUCCUUUUUUUUUUAAUUAAAUAAAUGGAUCAAAAUUAAAUAAUUCAAGCCCUGCCUUCAAAAUGAAAAUUUUUUUUUAGUAUUGUUUAGCAAAAACAAUAAAACCCAAAUUUUUUUAACCAUCACUCUUGUCUUGGGUUUGUGCGUGCUUUAGAGGCCCCAGAGGGAGGGGUCUGAGGAUGUGUGUGUUUGGUUUAACCUUUCCCUUUAAACUCUCUGCUUCCUGCUCUUUACCCUGUCUCCUUCUAUCCCUAAGAACUCAUCCAGAAAUACAGUGCCAAGUAUAUAAGUUAAGAAAGGGAUCCAGGGUUGGGAGUUGUAUGUAAGUGGAGUAGAGGCAUAAAGGGGGUGGGUACAUACGUAAGACCAUUUGUUACAGGACUGUUUGGAAGAAAAAUGAGAGAAGACUGAGAAGUAUACUUUCAUAUCACCUGCCAUUGGCCAGAACUUGAUUUAAAGCACCAAGCCUUUGAUUUACUCUGCAUGGAAAUCUAGACUUCUGGAGAAAAGAGGGAGAAGAGAGGAGACCUUGCAGGGUCUAGAGAACCUGAGAGAUGCGAGUAAAGAAGUGAAUGUGAUUAAUGGGAAAUGGCAGUCCUGGAAGGAACCUCUGUGUCACGUGUCCCCCGUCAUCACUUUCUUCCCAUUAGCCUCUAGGUCUGUGAAUGGGAGACAGUGGGUACCAACUGUUUCUGGUAGGAAGCACUUUUGACUCUCUGGUUUUAGUUUAUGAAAUGAUGUGGGGAAACUUUGAGCAAUUCAAGAGGUGGAGUUAAUAUGGUGGGAAAGACAGGCAGUGUAGAAGGAAUAACAAGGGCUUUGGAGACGUAAAUACUGGGCUUCCAGUUCUCACACUUCCAUUUCCUCACUUUGUAGAUGAGUUAUUUUAUUUGUCCAAGCUUUAGUUUCCCCAGCUGUAAACAUGAAACUAAUACUCAUCUCCUAGAAUUGGUGUGAGGGGUUAAAUAACAUAUUUAAAAUGCUUAAUGCUUUAGAAGGUGCUCUGUAAAUGUUAAUAUAUAUGUUAGCUUGGUCCUGGGGUGGUUAAAAAAUCGGGAUGAGAUUGGAUUAGCUGGUUUUCAGAAGCUCCAACUUUGUUUUAAAAGUCUUUGUUUAGGUGUCAUUUUAAGUGAGGCUAAUAUGUAAAACAUUGGGGCAGUGAUAGGGGGCCUCAGAGCCCUGCCCUCUCAGUCUCUUACAGAUUACACCCCUGCCUCUUCCCUGAAAUCUCUAAGAAAUUUCUUUGAUUAUAAUUUGAAGACUACUCAUUUUACAGAAGCCCUAGUUCCAGCAGAGCUAAGCGACUUGUCGAGAAUACCACUGCUGCCCACGAAGGCAGAGCUGGAACAAACCCCGGGCUUCAUGCAUUCGUGGGUUCCUAAUGCUGUCCUCUGACUUUAUGAACUGAGGGCACAUGCAUUGCUCACUUUGUUAGCCAGAUUUGGGGUGGAACACAGAGGACCUUGGUGAGAGUGGCAGGAACUGUGUCCUAGGUUGAAAGAACACUGAACUAUUGAAUGUGGCACAGAGGGCUUGCUUCUACAGGGGAACACGUACAGGUGGUUUUGCAGUCAUUCUCCUUUCUCCUCAAACAUACACACACACACCUUUACACCUUAGCACCCGGUCACCUCCCCACUGCCACAUAUGUGCCUUUGGGUUUACUGCUGUUUAGAGCAUCUGGUCAAUAUGGUAUAAACAGCCUUACCACAGUGAGUUGAUAUGGACUUUGCUGUUUAAGUCUGAACAGCUCCUUGCUGAUUUUUGGUGUUUUGAAUAUUGCUCAAGCAGUUCAAUAUUGGUUAAGGGGCUGCAGCCUGGGAACGACUGAUUCACGGUAAAGGCUCCUUGAUAUUUUUGAAGCUAAGAAUGUGUGUGUCAAAAAUCUGUUUUCCCAUAAGACAUACUGGUAAAGGAAGAUGUAGAGGGCUUUCAGUCAUACACAUACAGAAUCUACUGUCCUGCUAUGUGGAGGAUACUGAGAAUGUGCAAUGAGAAUGUGUAACACUAGAAGUUGCACUGUACAGGAUGAGUUGGGACAGGCUGGGGACAAGAGUUUGGGAGCUGGGAUUGGUCAUCUGGGUUGGAGGCUGGUCAUUGUUUACAUGGCAGAUUUGCUUUCCCAUCACUGCUGGAGGCCGCUGGUGCCAGAGCAUUCAUUCCUCUUUAAGAAACUUGAAAUCGGCAUAUACUGCCUCAGCUUCAGGGGUUUAUCAUAACAGCAUGAAGUACCUUACAGAUGAAAAAGAGAUGCUGUUGGGUGGCCCUCCCCUGGUGAUAGACUGCUGCUGGGUGAUAAAGUUUCAGAAUGAGUUUGUUCUUUUAUAUUAUAAAAGCCUUACAUGGCUCAUUACAGGAAAACUAGAAAGCAAGGCAAACAUUUUCCAUCUAUCCCCCACCCCGAAAGCAUUGUUGACAUCUUUCAUAACACCCCUCUCCCUGUACCUUGCAUUUCUGAAAACGCAACGUGCUUCACCAUGUCAAAAGAAACUUGCCCGCCAGUUUCCUCAUCCCCAUCCCACGGAGUGUACUCUAAUCUGUUGGCAUGUUAGAAUUGAUGCACGUAAAAGGUAUGGGGGCUAGAUGAUCUCUAAGAUCCUUCCAAUCUCAAUAAUCUGUUCUGUUUUAUCUUCGCUGUCUUUUCCUACGAUGCCACCCGUGAAGCCAUCUUUGACAGUGAAAAUGGAAAGUGAUUUCUGUAGUUUGUUUACAUCACUCAUAUCAUGUGGCAUGUGUGACUGGCAUUAUAGUUAUUUAGGGUUAUCGGAAAUGGUCUGAGGAGUUUUGAGGCAAGGAUAAUGUAUUACUCCCUAGCAUCCAGCCAUUGAGGUGAGACUGAAGGUCGAGUUUUGAAGGUCAUCGGUUUAAUAACUGGAUGAGUUGCCUGAGCCAAGAUGAAAAGUGGUCCAGGCUGAUUGAGUUUUGAGGAAAGCUUGAAGUCAAGUUUGGGAAAAGGGUGAAGGACCAGUAAAGAACAUGGGAGGAGCUGAGGAGGAGGGUGUACCGGGUUCCAGCUUGAAAAGCAGCAGGGCCCUCCCACAGGUAUCUCCAGAGCAGACUUUGGCAGCUAGGACCAAGGUAGGUCAGAUAUUGGCCUCCCAAAUUUCCAAUUUUGUUGAAAAGACUAAAAAACUAAAUUCCUGAGCUGGCAGGGUAAGGUGGGGGUAAGGCAAUUCUCUAGUGACGUCUCAACCAACUAAUCCUGAUGCUGACUGCAGCAGUUAGUCUCUAGUGGAGGGACUAAGAAGUGGUGGCUGCUUUUUCUGAUCUGGCCCCCUUUCUGGUCGAUCUCCUAACUUAAAGCAGUUGCCUGUGCUUACUAUAGGGAGGUACGUGUACUGCUGUUAAAGAGAAUAUUCUGGGAUCGCCUCUGGGAUGUGAUAUAAGCUGAAAUCUGAAGAACGAGUGCCAGCCAAGUGUGCUUGGUUAGAGGGACCAGCAGGAGCUAAAGUUGAGGUUGGCAAGAGCUUAGGGAUAUUUAGGAACUGCUGGAAUAUAGGUGGCUGAAGCCUGGUGAGCAAGAUGGAGAAAUUGGCAGGAGCCAGAUCGUGCAGGACCUUGUAACCGUUGUAGUCGGGACUGGAGUCUGUUCCUGACGCAGUGGGGAGCUGCCAGAGGGUUUCAGCUGUCAGGGCAUUUAGUCUGAUGCUAGGCGGCAGCAGUGGAAGCAGAGAGACUCUCGGCAUUAAGAGGCCGUCGCAGUGGUUCAGGCAAGAGGUGGUGGUGACAGAAGCAUGAUCGCAGGACUGAUGGCACUGGCUGACGGAUUGGAUGUGAGGGCAGGCUGGUCAGAGAGGAACUUCAAGAAUGACACCUGGGUGCAUGGGAACGGUGGGAGAGGAAGCGGUUUGUGGAAGAGUGGAGUUCUAUUUUGUUAUUUUGUCUCACCCACGAAACCCUGAAGAGCAGAUGGCAAACGGGCAGCAGGAUAACAAGCCUGGAGUUCAGAGGAGGGGACUGGGCUGGACCUAGACGUUUAGGAGUUGUGACCUUGUCCUGAAUGCCGAGAAAUGGAUGAGAUGCAUGGCCACAGUAGGCAUUUUGGCCUCUGAUUGGAGGGGGCCCUUCAUAAUAAAGAGGAAGGAAGAAGAUUGUACUGUUGCGGUUGAGUUUGUAGAUUUGGCAGGGAGAUGAGAAUGAAGGAGAACGUGGCCAGUGGCUCAGUAAACGCGUGAAGGAACUGCCUUAAGAUUGCUGAGUGCCCUUUAGAGGUGCUUGCUUACGCAUUAGGGUAUAGCCACGUGGCCACUGUGUGAGUCAUAUUGAAUGACUUGGUGUCGACACAGAGGAUGGGUAGGUGGUUGUAAGCAGGAUAGGAGGUUAUGAGGUCUGUACUGUGGAGGGAGAAGGGAGUUCAACUGAGGAUGGUUGCCAGGGGGAGUGAUUAUAGCAGUGGUCCCUUGACCCCUGCAGAUGCAUGCGGGUGUCAAAUACAGUUCAGUUCUUGUUCACAUUAGCCUUUAUGAAAGUGUCUUGCUGUCAUUCGUGUGCACUGGCUAAGGGAAGGGUAUGCAGCCACGUAACUCCAGAAGGCAGUGUGUGAGCAGUGUGCAGACAGGAUGCUUCUAGUUCAGGGCCCAGGUGUGGUAUCCAAAGCUCAGCACAGGUAUCCUAGCACUUAGAAAUGGCAGUGAUCUUGGAUCUUAUAUAAAUGUUUAAACUGCAUCCCAGUUUAAAUAUCCUCUCUUAUAGCAUCCUUGACAGGCUGCACCUACUUGAACACUUUCAUUGAUGGGGAGCUCCUUACUUUGAGAAGCAACAUGUGAUAGCUGUACUUUGGCCUUUAUGCCCUUGAGUGAGGGGCACUGAAGUAGCUAAACAGGCAGAUAGGACUGGGAGCUGUCUUGUCUUCUCCAGUGAAAUGGCUUAUUUUUAGCCAACUAUUCCAACCUCUUAAGAACUUUUAAAAAAUCUUAGUGCUAUAAUCCAAUAUACUAGUUAUCCAUCUCAAUGUUGUGUUCCAAUUUUUAUAAACUGUUUUCAUAUUAUCUAAAGGGAUAUCAUCAGAGACUUUAAUAAGAUCCAGAUGUUUGUCUAUGAUAGCCACCUAACAACUCUUAUCAAAAAGGGAAAUAAAGUUGUUUGGGUAUAACUUAUUUUUAGUGGACUCUUGGGCACCUCGUGACCAUCCUGUUUUAGGUAACUGGUGAGACUGCAUGUUCCAUAAGCCCUUUUCGAAUUUAACUGUGGUUACAUUUAUCUGACUUUUGAAAAUUGGAACUUGUGCUCAGUUCUAGACUGUGGCAACCCUCUGUUUAUAAUGCUUUCUCAAAGAUUAUUGACAAUGAGUCCUCAAGUUUUUCUGGUAUAAUUUGCUUGAACCAGAUCAUUGAAUUAAUUCAAAGGGGCUCAAGUCUCAUCAACCACAAGCUCUGAGACUGCUAUCCUAGGUUGGUGGUGGCUCAGCUGCUCGUAGCAUUCUGGGCAUCAUCUGUAUUAUUCACCUGUGACCUUGACUUCUUAGGGGCAUGUUUGGCUGGCAUGGGGGACAGUGGCCCACUCUUUGGGGCACUGUAGCUUAGGGGCUAGGCUCCUGCCUGGAUUCAGAAAAGCCUGAGUCAAGUCAGAUUUCACCUCUGCCACUAAUUAGCGGUAUGACUUGGCAACUUACCUAGCCUUGCCAAGCAUCAGUUCCCUCAUCUGUGUAAUGAGUGUCUCAGUUGAGGAUUAAAUGAAGCCUUUAAUGAGAUGCCUGGCCCUUGGUAACCAUCUCUUCCCUGUGGCCAUUAUUAUUCUCUUAAGAGUUUGCUGGGUGGGGCUUGUGAGCACACUCGGGAACCUAGAGAGAAAGUAACUUGUUUGGCCUCCCAGGGCAAGGCAAAAGCAGUGGGUACCCUGGCCUCAGACCCCUCUGUUUCAGAAGGAGACGAUGGGUACUCCUGGAAGGCCAGAGUGGAGUAUUUUGACCUCUGGCCUAGUUAGAACAAGAGAGAGCAUUCUCUUCCUUAAUGUCCAGAUGUCUUAGGCAGGAAGUCCAGAUGUCUUAGGCAGGAAGUAGGAAUGAAAGAAGAGACACCUGGCUGCUUCCUGACUUGAGGGAGGGCUCCAAGGGGCCUCCACCUGCCAUCCUGACAAGAAAUAGAGGAGGGCCUGGGCUCCAGAAGGGAGAAAGAGGUGGAGGGGGGAACACCUGCUCUUAAAAAGCAGGGCAGGGUCCUGCUGCCCUGGAUAUAAGACCAAAGGGCCUUGACGAUUUCCUCAACCCUAACCCUAACCCCCUCCCCCUCCCCUUAGGGUUAUGGCUUCCUGAAAGCUGAUUUCUCCUGUUUUGGGUGGUUGGGGCUCUGGCAGGAGGCCAGCAAGGCAAGGUAGCUAGAGCUGAGAUUCUGCUACCAUUCCUGGGUGAGGACCACACUCAACAAGUAGUGCCAGGAAUACAUGUGAGUACACAGGGAUUCUGCCUGAGGCCCUGACCUCAGUGGCCGGAUUAGGGCAGGAUCUAGCUGAAGUUCUCCUUGUAGGAGGAGGCAGAGGUCUCCUGCGAUCAUGUGGGAAAUAAGUGAGGUGAGGUGUGGAGUGGGAGUAAAAAAAAUGUCUAGAUUAAAAAGCCCAUCUUCCUUGAUUGCCUUUCAUCCUAGUAGGAAUAAUGGAAUGAGGGGUGCCUGGGGGUGGGGAAUCAGGAUGUUUGGGUCUCAGGCUGAAACGGCUUUGCCAGAAGCCUAGGUAGCAGGUAAAAUCUUGGAAGAUGGAGGGAAGGUAUCCUUGAGACCAUGUUGGGGGAGCUGGCAACAUGGUGAGACCCCUGAAUGGUGUUUGCGCUUAUUUUUCUCUCCUCGCAUCAACAUGCUUCCCCAAGCUCCUGGGCAGAGUGACACAAGUCCUCAGCAUCCAUGAUUGCCUAGUGCCAUCCUCACUCCAGCCCCUCAUGCAGCAAGGAUGGGGCAGGUGUGGUCACUCCUUCCUCACAGUGAUCAUGGCCACAAUGGCGGGGUCUGGCAGCAAGUGUGCCCAGUGCCAUGUACCUGCCCCCAGCCUUGGGCAUUGUGUGGACUGUGGGGGUCUCCACCUACUCAGCCCCCUCCCAGGCUCUCUGAGUUUAGCUCUUGGAGCUGAGCCACAACAGUCUCAGCCACCCAGCAGGUGGCUGCUUUUAGGGCCUGUGGGGGCUGUGGGGGCUGCUGCUUUCUCAGUGUCCCGUGGGGUCUGGCUGGUGGAGCCCUGGGGGCAGAGGCCUGGGUUUCCUGGAGCAGCUUGACCUCAGCCACACCAGCUGGCCCGCCUGCUCCCAGACCUUGCCAUCACCCUGUGCUCUGUUCUGUCUAGACCUCUCACAACCUGCUUGCCACCCUGGAUCCUUGCAGCCUGUGGGGCCUGGGGAACCUGGGGCAGCUAGACCUGAGCCACACAAUGGGGCUAAGCUGGGCACUCCUGGACCCGGGGGCCUCUUCCACCUAUGUUGGCAGAGCUGGCCGGGAACCGGCCCAGCGAGUCAGGGAUGCCAGCCUGGAGAUGCUCUCUGGUUGUGACUGACAUCAGCGAGCUGGAGGCUGAGGCCUUUGCAGCCCUGCAAGCACUGGGCUGCCUCUCUAUUGUAGGCAACCGGCUGCAGCACGUCGAGUUCAAGAUGUGGCGGGCAUCUGGACAGCAGGCAUGCUGACAACCCCUGGGUAUGCCACUGUGACCUGCCAUGGGCUGUGGGGAAGCUGGACCACCUGUGGCACUUCUGUUUUGCCCACCUGGGUAGCCUGGCUUGUGGUGGCCCGGGGCAGCUGAUGGGGUGGUGCUGAGCAGGGUGGAGCCCCAGCUCUGCCUGGCUAUGUAUCAGGCACCAUGCUGGUCAAUGUGGCUAUGGCUGUGGUCAUGGUUGAGUGCAAAUGCAGGUGGGGCCUCAGGGGAACUGGAGAGCAGGGGAGCCCUCUAGAGAGCAGCUGGAGGAGGGAGAGAAGAUGGAGCUGUGAGAGAGGAAGAGGGAUAGUCCUUGGAAGUCUUCGGGGCUCAGUUAUCUGCCCGCCCAGGCAGGGUGGGAGGAAUAGUGGGAGGGAGAGAAAUGGCUGUGUUCAUCUCUCAGGGCCUAGGACUGACCACUCUUCCCCUCACCUGUUUCCCCCGAUCAAGCACAAUGCCAUUAUCUUUUCAGCCCUAGGAAGGGGGAUAUGGCCCCUAGUCCUCACCACCUCUUUGGGGAAGAGGGCACUAAAAGGUGGAAACUGAAGACUGGAGGGGACAGGGGUGGGAUGUGUACAAGGAAAGCAUUAAUUCUAAUUUCCUUCCCCUUCCUCACACAUGUCCCUGGGCUCUGCUUUGGGGACUUGAUCAGAAGCUGGUUGCUAAAGUUAUGAUGGAGGUGGGGUGGGAUAAGGGUAUUGUUCCCUUGGGCACAAUCCAGGCAGACUCCUAGAACUAUUUCGUGGACAUACACUAUCCAGUUCUCAACACCUUAGCUUCUUCCUGAUGGCAGUGCAUCUUGUCCCAUUUGAAUUGGGGAUGGAUGAGGAGAUUGGAAAGAGAAAAUCAGUUGGAAAGUUGAUUCUGUAGUAUGUGCCUGUAUUUUGGUGAAGAAAACUUACCUCAUGUGAUAGUAGGGGGUGGGAGGGGUGGGUAAAAUGACCUUUAACCCAGUCUUUUUCUCAUUCCCCUUGACUGGAGUUUUCCCACCCCCAAAUCCCCACCCUAGCAAUCACACAAUCUCAUUCCCUGGUUUUCUGCCUAGAUGUAUCCCUUUCUCACAUUCUUCCUGAUAAACCCAAACUUUAUCCUAGUGACUUUGUUAAAAAUUAGAUGUGAAAAGGUGUUGUGUUGUCCAGCCUACACUGGCUGA